AUAAAAUGUUAAACUGCGCUAUAAUUAUGUUCUCUUUAAUUUAGUGUAAGUGAGGUUUAUACAUGAUGUAGCGAUUUUAUGAAUGAGGUCAGAAGAGAAGAUCUUGCAUUAGUGUUGCGGCAGUUCCGCAUGUGAAUGAAUUUCACUGUUUCCCAUCCACAUGUGCAUGUGCACAGCUCUUUUUACACAACAUUGCGUUUCUGCAGGGAGUUCAGAAUGUAGGUCAUUAGAUUUACCAUAAAGCCUGGCUCUGCAAUUCUCAGAGCUGUUAAUUCACUUCCUGUCUAUCCUUAAUAUAGAGAUGCUUUAGAGAGGAUGGUAGUCUUGGUCAAAUACCUUCACAUUGUACUUAAUGAGUAUCAUCAGCCUCUAUGCCUCAGGUUACACUCCCAACAUGCACCAGGUGAUGGGAUGGGUGUCUUAAUCUGGGUUGUUUGGGGUAUCACACAUUUUUUCUUACUUUUUCUGAAGGAUCAACCUUUUAUAUUCAUCUGAAACUAAGUUUAUAUUUGGUCAUAUUUAGUAAUUGCAUUGUAGUAUGGUGCGUGUCGUGGUACAUUAGGAUGGGGUUUGUUAACUUUACCUUUAUUGGUGUUGGCUACUCUGGGGUUCUUGGUUUUAUAGGGUUUUUCGUUCGUCCUUAUUCUUUAAAGCCUUGCUUUAUGAAUAAGCAAAUUAUGUUGCACUUUGCUUGUUUUGGAUCUAAGUUUGCAUGUUUGUAACAAAAUUGAAAAGUCAAUGAAGUGUCUUUUGUAUUUUAAUUGUCUGUUUUCUGUAUUUCUGUGUGUUUGUGCUAUUGUUAUUGACUGUCUGUCAUAAGGUACCGCAAAUGUUUGUCUGCAUUAUUUCAGAUUGUUUAAACAUUGUCUUUUUCAUGUAUGUAUUUUUGUACUUGUUUUGCAUACUCGUUCUCUCUCUUUCCUUCCCCACCCCCCUUCCCAUGUCUGUUCUGUGAGUGUGUGUGUGUGCUUACCAGACGUGCUCAUGCCCUGGAGCCAAGGUCCGUGUUUAGGCUCAAAAAUAUUCCCUCCCUUCAGACCUUCUGACAGACAGCAGAGAAGUGACAUGGAAAAAUCCACCAAACAUAAAUCAUUGUGUCUUUGCAGCAAACACAGUAAUUUGUGCCUUUCGAAAAAGAGAAAUCAUUCUCACCCAGUGCAUUCUGGGAUUUGUAGUCGUGCACUCUGUUCUCCGUAACCCUGAAACCAGGUCACUCGCCUGAAUGAUUCGCAACCUGACUCUGGUUAUUCAGAUACGUCAAUUAGGCAUUUUGCACGAUCGCUGUAAACGCAUAAGCAUGUAUGCAGUCCCUGCGAGUUUACUGCUUCAGAUAACCUUGGGUGUUCACCCGUGACCUGUGUCUCGUUCGGCCGUGGUGGUUUUUGACGUGGUUGAGAUUUAAGGUGUCACAUGAAACCUGGAAAAUUGAAAAUGAUGUAGAUUAGUCGAUCUCAGGAAGCGGAAGAGAAGGACGUACUGUAUAACCCUCUUCCGGCAUGCUUGAUCUUAAGUUACCAUGGGAGGAGCGUUAAGUGCAGACUCCACCCAUCAUAAUUGUGUGCAUUAGAGACAGGGAGAGAUGCACGAGCUGCGUUUGCAUGCAUACACACUCUCAUAAAUGUAUAAAUGACUGACGCUGCAAGGAGAGAGAGAGGAAGGGUGGGAGGGGGCAGGAGUGCAGAAAGAGAUUGAAUCAACACUAGCAUCAGUGAGGGAGAGAGAGAGAGAGAGACAUCAACCAGACAGGGAGGAGAGGAGAAUAGAGGACAGUCGGCUGCAUCGCUCCUCACACACAGACUGAGGUGGAGAGAGGAGAGGAUGAGAGACUGUGGGGGAAGGAGAGGACAAUAGAAGACCGCUGUGCCGUUCAUCUCGGCGUUAUACCGAAGUGAAGCUGAAAGAAACUGAUGCUGAACCAGAGCAAGAAGAACCGGCGUGACUUUGUGAUUUUAAAGAGAAGAAAUUGAUGAAAGAAUUCGCAUGAUGAUUUAUUUCAGGGAGGGGGCUGAACGAGAAAGAUUGUGAGUGAGUGAGGAAGAGGAGGAGAAGGAUUGUCUGCCGCUCUUUAAAUAUUAACGUGACUUUAAUUUGAACAUGGAGGAUAUUUUUAGCUAAAACGUGAUCACAUUUUUUUUUCAAUUCAAGGACUUAGUUUUUUUUUUUUUUGCAGCAACACACGUGACAAGAACUACACAGAACUACACACUCUUUAAACUCUUUAAUACAUUUCACUCUUACUAUUGCCAACUUAUAAACUUUUGAGAGAUUUCUAAGGAAAGUAGAUUCGAAAUAGUUUUUGAUGUGAAUUAAAAAAAAAUAACUUAACUGUUAUGCAGACAAUCAGGUUUUUUAUGCAAAACUUUUAGAUGUCCUUAUGUAUAGUGUCAUACCGGUGCUUUCAUAGAUAUCCUGAUCAGGAAGAGUUUUGGAUGUCUGCUUGCUCUGCUUGCUUUAGCCAGAAGUGUGUAUGACAGUGUCCAAGCGUGCUUGCGUGUGUGUGUGCACUCUUGAGCAAUAUUUGAUUUCCUUGUUGGACCGGUGCCAAGACUGCACCGUGGGUUGCACUCUGCAUGCAUGCAUGUGUUAGGAUGUCAGCACUGGCUACUUUGCUGUUGGUUAUAUAGUAGCAGUUAAACAUUCCUAUCCUGUGCCAGCAUUUAAUGCAGAUAGUUAAGGCUGGUUUUAGUUGCAGUGAUCUGGAACAGAGCUCUCGUGGAGUCUCCGAGCUGUCUGAUUGGACGUAGAGGGAGGUGACAGGUUUUGUGUUGGCGAAACUUGUCAGCUUUUGUUUGGGUUCUGCCAUGACUCCGUCUCGCACGAUUUUUCUUCAGUCUGUUACCAUGGCAACAGUUUUGUGGUCAUGGUGAGUUCCAGUGCUUUGUUUCGUAACUUCAGCGCUAGUGCAUUGCACCGUCCCAGGUUACAGUUUAAGCAGAACUAUCUAAUAUAACGCAUGUUUAGAUAAGAGCUGUGCCUUCAGAGCCAGUCUACUAGGUGCUACUCUAUUAUUUUUCUUUAAAGCAUUUCUAAUUCAGAACUAUACAGCAGUUGCCAUAUCCAACAUUGGCUGCAAUGAAUAAUAUUAAAUGUCUCAUUAAAUCUUUCAAUGUAAUUAAUAUUAAACCUUUAGUGCAUUGAUCAUAAUUUUUUUACUGAUCAAAACACUGAAACAUUGAUUUAUUGUGUUAUUUUGUUUUUUAAUUAGGUCAUGUAGUUGAACUCGGGUUUUAAUUUUGGUAUUAACCCUCAACCACACGGAACUUUGAGACUUAUCGCUUCACCUGUGCUAUUGUUGACCAUGAUCUCUCUAAUGUGAUAACUGGUUACUGCUUACUUCGGUUUCACUUCAGACAAACCGUAUCCCUGACCUGAUUUUGUUGCAUUGCAGCCAAUGUUGCUUUGGCAACACAAUUCAUUAACUCAUGUUUACUGGACUUUAAAAUAAACCAUCAUAUCAAAACUUGGAUUCUGCCAUAUUCUAAAUGGACAGGUGCUACAUUCAAGCUAGGUUACCAUAGUCUGAUUUAUCGUACUGUACUUAAAGCAUUGUUCUUUUUUACUGUUACGGAUAUCAUUGAAAUGCUUUUAUAGGGAUUUUGUAAUUUCUCUGUACUGGUUCUACUGAACACUGUGCUACUUCUGUGCCAUGUUUUGUUGGCGUCACUAACAAGAUCGUGACAUGAUGCAGGACUCGGUGUCCCACCCGAGGCCAAGACACUUCUGUUCGAGCUGAAAAAGCAAUCGAGCAAAGCUGUUUGGACUUUACAGCAAACUCUGCUGCAUUAAUUUACUGAUAGGUAUUCUGUGCCAUGUCAACGUAAGCACUUGUUCAGUUUGCUUGCAAAGUUAUGAAGGCCUAUAACUUAUUGCACUUUGCUUAAUUAUAAGGCUAGACUACUUCUCCUAACAGACUCUUUGUGAAGACUACUCCCAACAGGUUAGUUAAUCUACCUUUAUUCUUUACUUUAAGGGUCUCUGCUUACUUAGUGCUUGAAGAUUUGCCAGAAUUUGACUACUGCUGAGAUAACAACUUAUGUUUGAUUGCAAGUGACAUCUGUUGGGCUUUGCUUGGAUGACUUGAAGUCCUCGCUUAUGUUCCUGUAGCCUGCAUCAAAACCAAACACAUUGUCCUUUUGCAGCCUGAAGCUUCUUUGAGCUCACACACUGGUGCUAUAAAAAAGAAAUUGAUUUACUUAAGAACUAAAGACAUCACCAUAAAAGAAGCUUGAGGUAUUUUAUGGUUGCUUGUGUAAUAUAUAUGCAGUGAAAACCAUUGUAAAUAGACCCAGACGAACGCGGGACUUGGUCCAAGUAGGCUUGGCUUGUUCCUAAUAGUGGUGACUGUUUUAUUCUCUAAAGAUAUCCCGAAACGAUAAUCAUUUGAGAGGUUUAAAGUAACCCUGCAUAUAUUGGUCUGAUAGGUCAGAUCUGUUAGAGGUUCCAGGACUGUUGCAUCUCUAUCAGAGGUUAUGAAGUGCAGUUCGUUUUGUUGAACGACUUUGCUAAGUGACGUUUGGAGGGUAGGUUUUCACUCAGGAAACAGAUCUAUAAAGAGCCGCUCCAUCCGAGACCGUCUGAUUUUGAGGUGUCAUUUAGGAUAAUGAGCGAGUGAUUGAUUUUCCGGUUAGCGCCUAAUGAGCACAUGUAUCAAAAGAUCUCUGGUGGAGGUAUUACGGAUUCGGCCAAUCAGGUCUCAUUAUUUUCAGCCUGACAGUGCUGGAGCUAUGUUGCUUCGGGAACAUCACGGUUCCUCUUGCGGUCACACCUUAACUUUUUCACUGGUCACACCAAACACGAUUCAGUCAGUGGUUCUUUAAAUGGUGCUCAAACCCAUAUUGACUUCGAUAGAGCCAUAUUUAACCAGUCUUGUUUCUACAACUUUGACUUAAGUGUUUCAGGGCUUUCUAAGUCUAGUUUGUCUUUUUCUAAAUCAUAUUUCUACCAACUAUUCUUUAUCAGGGUUGUUUCUGGGUCUUAUAUUAUAUAUAUACUGUAAAGUUCUAUCUAAGUUUGUCAGUGAUUUUGCUUAAGUGACUUGUUAUCCAAAAAAAGUAUAAUUUUUGAAGAGGCUCAGGUGUUUUUUUUAUUUAGAAAAGAUAGAACUAACUGGACAGCCUGGAGAACGGUAAAGAAGACGUGGGAGGGGGUGCGGGGGAGCGAGAGAUUAUCUGGAAGAAGAGGGCAAGUGUGCUGGAGAAAGAAAGAGAGGUGGAGAGACAGAAGUUAGAGGAAGAAAAGAGGAACGCUGUGGAGUACACUGUGUGGAGGCUGAGGGAAGGAUUUCAGGAAAGGAGGGAUAGAGAGGAGGAUAGAAUCAAGGAAAGGAAACCGGAGGGAGGGAAAGAAGCACAGCCGGAGGUGAUCUGGAAAAAGAGAGAGGAAGAGGAGGAGAAAGACAGGGAUAGAGGUCGACUCGGUGACGGAGGUCCCCGUAUCAUCUGGAGGAGGAGGGAAAGAGAGUGAGAGUGUGAAAGUUGCAGAUGUGUCAGCUCUAAAUAUUGCAAGAUGUGUGAUAGGAAGUGAGGUGGCAGAUUUAGAGAUAAAAAAACACCAAUGAUCCUAUAGACUCUACAUAGUCUCUGUGUUUCAUAAUACUAAAUAGUGUACAUCAGGGGUUUUCAAUCUUUCUCCAGAGUCCCCUUGUUGGCCAAAGAGACCGAGAAGAUCUAACUUAUUGUAUAAAUUGAGUUUUAUGUUAUAAACCUAGCCUAUUAGAGCAACGUAUUGUAUUUAUAAAAUGAAUGACGGUAUUUAAACAGCCAUUAUUGAUGUACAGAUUAAAGUAUACAUAGCGUAUUAAUUUUGCAUAAUGCAUUUAAGUAUUUAAAACUUUUAGCUGAACUUAAGGUUUCAUGCAUUUAAAUUUUUUUACAGAUCAAGGUUAAAGAUCCUUGGUACUUGACAUUUUUUUAGCACUUGGACUAAAUUAAGUCUUUAAAGUGGCAAUGAUGAUAAUAAUGAUCACUUAUAAAUAUAUAUAUAUAGAGAGAGAGAGUGAAUAUAUAGACUAAACAGAGCAGCUUGACUCCAUCAUUAAGUGAUCUGCGUUCACUGGAUCAGUACUUUAGAAAUUUCCAUCCAUCUAUUCCAGCUUUCUUUCUCUCUCUCUCUCUCUCUUUCUCUGUUACUCACUCUCUAUCGAUCUGUCUGACUGACGGAAGCCUCCUCUAUCAGAGUCUCAGCUGCAGCUAAUAGGCUUUUUAUGGGACUGUCAGACAAGAGCUACUAGAGUGGAGUCCAGUUCAUGCAUAGACAGAUGAACACACGCAUACAGCGAGGCAUUUAAAACAACAGUACUGUCUGUCACACAUGUAUCUAGAAGGAUCGCGUCUGGCGCACCGACUAAAAACGUACCAAUAAUGUCAUGACAAUCAUACUAUUCUGAAUCGAAUAUUUCGUGCUUUCUUGAUCGAUCCUAAGAAGCUCUAUGCAGACCUAAGAUUUGAUGCAAACUCUUCUACACACUGCGUAUGACAGCAGCAGUUAUGAAGUCUCUUUGAUCUAGGCUGGUGCUGAUUUUCUUUUCUGCCAUCUGUUUUAUCGUCCUUUUUUCACUUUUCGGACGAAGCCGUCUCUCUCCGGUGUGAUGAUGAAGCGAUCAAUGGACAGAAGGGAAAAAAAGACUAUAAAAGAAAAGAGAAGACAAGUUAUUGAUUGUGAUAGAGAGACGUGGGGAGACUUAAACAGAAUAUAAGGACACUAAGACGGUGAACAGUCAUCAUGGAGCUCGUCCCCAAAACCAAAUACACACCCUUCAGGAGCGACUCCUUCAGCUCGACGGACGAGACGACGUCCAAUCCUUCUCUUCCUUCUUCCGCUCCUCUCACUCCUCUCACUCCCACUGGCAUCCCUCCUUCUCUCUCAUCCUCCUCCCUCACCCCCAUCCUCCCUCCUUCUUCUCCACGGCAGGCUGAGAAUAGCCCCACCACCCUCUGUUCCUUCUUUCCCAGGAUGGGAGCCCUGCGGCUGGGCGUCUCUACCACUCUGCUCCCUGGCCUGAAGGCCUCCAGCAGGCCAGCAGGUGCGGCGGGCGGUCAGGGAGGUUUGGGUGAAUCUCCCGAAGACGCCGGUACCGCCGCCGCCAGUUGUUCUCCUCCUGUCCUUUCUCUAACAGCCCCGUCUCCUCCUCCUCGUCCCCCACAGGAUAUGAACCGGCUGGGCGGGGCCUCGCGGAGGGCCCGUGUGGAAGGGGGCCAGCUCGGCGGAGAUGAAUGGACGCGGCACGGCUCUUUCGUCAACAAGCCUACGCGAGGUUGGCUGCACUUGGACAGUGUGGUCAGCACCACCGGGGUCUCUUACACUGUCAGGUAUAUGGGCUGUGUGGAAGUGCUGCAGUCUAUGAGAGCACUGGACUUCAACACCAGAACUCAGGUUACCAGAGAGGCAAUAGCUGUCGUGUGUGAGGCAGUGCCAGGUGCCAAAGGAGCUCAACGCAGAAGAAAGCCCACCAUCCGAUGUCUCUCCUCAAUCUUGGGGAAGAGCAAUCUUCAGUUUGCUGGAAUGCCCAUCAGCCUCACCGUGUCGACCAGCAGCUUGAAUCUUCUGGCAGUUGACUGCAAACAGAUUAUCGCCAACCAUCACAUGCAGUCCAUCUCUUUUGCAUCAGGAGGAGACCCAGAUACAGCGGAGUAUGUAGCCUAUGUCGCCAAAGACCCUGUCAAUCAGAGAGCGUGUCACAUCCUGGAGUGCUCUGAGGGCUUGGCUCAGGAGGUCAUUAGCACCAUCGGUCAGGCUUUUGAGCUGCGGUUUAAACAGUACCUGAAAAACCCCCCUAAACUAGUCACCCCUCAUGACCGGAUGGCUCCAUUCGAUGGGUCAGCUUGGGAGGAAGAGGAAGAAGACCUGGCUCCACCCCCAGACGUUCCGUAUUAUAAUAACUUUCCCGGCAAACAGCCUCCUCCUGGAGGUUUGAUUGACAUGAGGACCCGACCUGGCAACAACACAGGAUCCACACUGCCGUAUGGACAGCCCAGCCAGAACGAGAUUCACAAGCAGCCAUUACCUCCUUUACCCGCGGGUGUCAAGGAAGGAGGCUUGUUUGAUGACCCUUCGUACGUUAAUGUGGAUAAGCCCCGUCCUCCAGCAUUGGGAGCAGCCAAUGGAAAUGCUCACCGAGAUGCAUUUGAUAUGAAACCAUUUGAUGAUGCUUUAGGGGUGUCAGGUGCAGUGGCGCCCCCUCUGGCAGAGCAACUGCAGAAUGAGCCCUGGUUCCAUGGGCCUCUAAGUCGGAGACAGGCCGAAAGGCUUUUGACCAAGGAUGGAGACUUCCUGGUGCGGGAGUCAGGCACCACACCAGGCCAGUACGUCCUUACUGGACAGCAAGGCGGUCAACCCAAACACCUGCUUCUAGUGGAUCCAGAAGGCGUGGUACGCACCAAAGAUCACCGCUUCGAGAGCGUUAGUCACUUGAUAAGUUAUCACAUGGACAACAGGCUACCAAUCAUCUCAGCAGGAAGUGAGGUGUGUCUGCAGCAGCCAGUUGAGCGCCGAAUUUGAGAGAAACUUGAUUUCUUCUCCACCUUGCUUAGAGAGAAACCAUCUUUGUUUCCCACUUUUUCACCAGACUUUUUUUAAAGAACUGUUUUUUCAGCUGGGAGUAUAAGCUAUUUAUAGCAAAGUCAUAGAAGAAAAGAAACACAUGAUUUUUACUGCAUCAACUUCGAACCAUGACAUUUUUAAAGCGAUGCAAUCAUUAUACUCAAAGACUUACAAACAAAAUAAGGGUGAGACGUCUAAAAAAGAAAAUUAACCAGUAAUAGACGUGACAUCACAUCCUCAACAUAAUAUCAUGUCUUUAAAACAGAGGUGCACCUGUAACCAUGGCAACAGACUUGUGCAUUCAUGGAGUCUAGAGAUGAUGUACUAAAAUCACAGUACCUUUGUAGCACUAAAAAAAUCACAUCGGAUGCAGUGGAUAAAAUCCAAAGACUUGAGACUGCUUCAUAUAGAUGAUUAGUUUUGAUUUUGAAGUUGCAGUCGAUUUGGGAAUCCUUGCAUUGUUGGGUGAAUAUGCAAAAUCUUUAAGACAAUACAAAGCUCACUCUACACUUACAGACCUAACGCCUCUGUUUCGCCAUUAAACGAAUAUGGAAUAUUACUUUGGAAGAGCUCCCGACAGGGAAUAACGCUUCGAGUUGCCUCUUAUUCUCACUCUGAAAAUGCCCUUUACAGAAUCCUGAUGUGAUCCUGGCAACGAUUAGGAAUUUUGGCCAUUUGGGAACACCCCUGAACGUAUGUGAAAGCUUUAGCAGCAUGCACAGGUGCUGUGUGGAAUUUUCCUUAUGCAAACAAGCAGAAGCUGGGAGGGACUUAUCCCAGGCUUUGUAAGGUAUAUUGCAGAUAUACUCGAUUACUUUUAAAAGGGAUGUUCCUUCUCCCCUUAACAUCAUCCUGAGAGGAAAAAGGAGAGAAUGAACCAUAAAGUGCACUCAGUGGAUGCGGAUAUACGUAUAUAAUCUACCAAGGAAAAUGGGCUGAACUGUAAAGAUUGAGGAAGACUUGUUGUACACUGAGUAUGAUGACAGAUGAAAGAGAUUUGUAUUUAAGCCUUCUUAUGAUGUCAUUUUAACCAAGAAUUUGAAUAUUUGUUGCAACGAUGUCAUUUCUUGAAGAGCAGACGUCAUCAUUAGUUUUAUUCUUCGUGCAUUGGAAAAAUGAGAGCAGAGACUAUAUUUUUUUCUCGACUUUUCUUGUGGCUGUUUCUUCUCUGUUCGCAUUGACAAUCGAUCUUCGUGUGUAUUGAAGUAUCUGUAGAUUCUGUAAAAGCCUUUAGUCACAAGACAAAUUAAAAAAUAUGUGUGUUCUGGACAUGCUUCAAACAUUCAUCAUGAUCACAUUGUCAUUCGGCUGCAUUUGAAUAUUGCAUAUUUUGGGUGUGGCAGAAUUGCUUGACUUUACUUGCCUGUCAAACUAUGGAUGCCUUCAUCUUGUAGAAAAUAAGCACUCCAAAUGAUUUCUGAUGGUUGUAGCGCUUUCGCAGCCACAAAGGACGGUUUCUGUAAAAACCACAACCAGUAAGAGGAAGGACACAGUUUUUCCUUUAUUUGUUUUUUCCGAUUAUUUUUAUUUGUUCUGGAUUGUGCCUUUUCACUUAACUCAGACACAUAAAUCUAACAAAGUUCGCCUUUUCUAGAUCUACAGUAUGGACCUGACACUUUUAUUUCUUAAACAACUGAUAAAAAAAUCUGCAAAAAUGACACGUUGAGGUUUAAUACACAUUUGGGGAAACCAUCUUAAUUUUCCCUCUGCACGCUCUUUGCCUUGCUGUUAUAAUGUUCUCUUAGUUUAGUGCUGAUCUGUGGUUUAAAUAAAACUUCUUAGUAUCAAGUUAAGUCACUUAAGUAAACUGUUUCUCAUUGGUGACACUGGUGGAAAGCAAUGCUUAACACCACAUAAGACAACUUGUAAAUAAGCUUUACAUAUGCUGAUAGCUAUGUAGUUUAUGUCUGUAAGUAUAUUGUCAUUCACAGUGUAAAUCUGUCUAAUGAAUCUGUAGGGAGUUAGCAGAUUUAUAGUGGAUUGUACUGGGUCACGCAUCAUGAAGAUAACAGAAAACAUAGGUGUAGGAUUGCACAAUGUCAACAGUAACCACACUGUAAUCAUAAUAGUUUUUUUCACACAGCUGCCACAAGUCUAUAGAAAUGAUGAGGUUGUGCUUAGUCACAUAUACAAAGACUUUUAACAGUCCAUAUGAGGAUGGUUUAUAAAUCUGAAAAUGAUACCUGAUGGCUUUAUUUUAUGUGAUCAGCCCUCACUUUAAUUUGAAUUUUGGCCUUUAAAUGUAUGCUUAUAGCAUAUAAAGAAUGGUUAGAUUUUCUGUUUGAUGUGCUGAUGGUAAGACUAUUGAACUAGUCAGUUAUUUUUCUAUUAGAUAUGUUUAUGAGAGUAUUUGUGUAUGAAAACAUACUGUAUGUAUGGAGGGCUGAAACAUCUUCAAUUAUUGGGCUUUUGUGGCUCUUGCUUUUGCUCACCACCGAACUGUUUCUCAUUUUCAUAUUUCACAGCGGCCUUUUGUUGCAUGGAAUCACUUCCUGUUAUUGUGGUAAUGGUGACUUUUGUGCUGUGAUUGGUUGUUUGCUAUUUUUAAGCCAAAGGCUUUUUUCUUGUUUCUAUAAAUAUAAAGUUUUUUUUACAUGUUUUUGAUUGUUUCAUAAUAAUUUUUUGUUGAUGUUCUUUGGGAAAAAACAUAAAUGUUUACACCUGUAUUUCAAACAAUAGAUUAUAUAAAUGCAUAUAUCAUUCA